AUAGACGAAAAAUACAAAACACAAGGAACACAAGUAAAAAAAAAUGUCCUCGGAAUCCAACGUUUUAAUUCCAAAGAUUCCAAAUAUUAAUUCAGAUAUACAAACUGUUGAUAAAUUAACAAAUAAAGAUGUCACGAAGAGGAAGGAAAAAUUUAAAGCCGUUGCAUUCGUGAGCGCAAUCACUGGAUUCUCAUUUCUCAUCGGAUUUGGAAGCACAUUGGCCGUUGUUCGUAAGCAAGAUCAAAAAUAUUUUCAAGAAGGAAUUGUUGGCGUGAAGGGUGGCCUUCACGAUAGCGGUGCAUCGCUAGCGUUACGCGCAUUAGGAUGGGGGACACUUUACGCCUUUACUGGCUGUGGAUUAUUGUUCUAUGGCAUUUGGAAAUUAUCGGGCGCAAAGAAUGCCGAGGAAUUUCGCCAUAAAAUGGGUUCAAUAUUGCCGAGAAUACCGAAAAAUGAUCCACCACAAAGUCGUACUGAAUUCGAUGGACUCACCGAUUUAUUGAAAUACAUUUCCGAAGAUUGGGGCACGGAAAAUGAUCCAGCGAGGAGAAAAAAGCCAGAUUAACAAAUUUUUUUUCUCCUACAAAAUUUGUUGUUUAAAUUUCCUUUUUUUUCUUUUUUUUUCUUUUUCCUCAUUUACACUCUCUUUCUCUCUCUCUCUCUCUAUUUGUAAAAAUAAAUAUUAGUUUACAAAAAAGAAAAGAGACUUUUUCCCUGUGAUAAGAAAUAUUGUAUAUAGAGAUUUUCUCUUUUUUGUCGCGUUCUUUUUUUAUGGAGAAAAAGAGAGAAUUUUGUCAUUUUAAUCAAUUAACGAAUUAAUUACGAAUAAAUAAAUUAAUUUAUUUAUUAA